UGCAACCCUGACGUCCAAUGGAAAACAGGCCCCGAUUCUUACAGGAAUCGGUUUCUCGUAUUUGCCAAAAUUUUCCGUGGCCGCAAAGUAUGUGUAAUGUGUUUUAAUCGCUCCUUCUGGCUGAAGGCUUAUGCUAUUAUAACUGAAUGAAUUAUAAUGUGAACUGAAAAUAUGGACCUGGAUGUACUUAGGCUGUUUUCAGCAGUCCUCAUUCUCUGUAUCCGUCAAUAACUAAGCACUGCCUUUUUUUGAAGUGCACAAAGAUAGGCUGUAAACUUGACGAUAGCCUCGCAGAAUAUUAUUUUUCGAUGUAAAUUAUUAUAGAAUGAUUUUAAUCUAAAUAAGCCAAAAAACAAACAAACAAACAAAAAGUGAACAGCCUUUAUGGCUUUCGGAUAAAUAAGUGAAGGAUGUCCAAUCUUACUGGAAACUAUCGGAUACUAAGUGGAGAGGUGCAAGGAGUGGAUGUUGCUCGUGAGCAAGAACGACGGGCUCGACUUCAGUUGCUGGAUGAAAUCCGGGAGCCUUCUCCACAGCCAAUCUUUGGGGAACCAGUUAAGGUUGAACUGGAAGAUGAGACAUCCCGUCGUAUUAAAAAUACUCUUGGAGAUUUUACUCAGGUGCUCAUAAAUGAUCCAAAAAAUUUAAUAGGCAUUUCAAGACCAGUUCCAGUUCCAGGGCAUAGCUCUGCCCCUUCUUCUAGGGUACAACAACCUACUGCCAAAAGGCCGCCCCAAGUAGUGAAUGGUGUGUACAAACCUAAUCCAGUUGGUGCGCCAACCUACCCGAAAGUUGGUCCUGACAAAAGGCCUGUUUAUCCUAGAAACAACAGAGUGGAGGCUUCUAAACCAUUUUAUCCUAAUAGUGGUUCGACUGUUCCUUAUCAUAAUCAAGAUACUCGCGUCCGGGAUUCAGUAGCCUGGCAGGAUAAAGAGCCAAGACGAACGAAUGCUGUUCCAUUCAAUUUUAAUAACAAUUUGAGUAAUAGUGCUAAUUUGAAUAAUAGUACUAAUUUGAGUAAUAGUGCUAAUUUGAGUAAUAGUGCUAAUUUGAAUAAUAGUGCUAAUUUGAGUAAUAGUGCUAAUUUGAGUAAUAGUGCUAAUUUGAAUAAUAGUGCUAAUUUGAACACUAGUGCUAAUUUGAAUAUUAGUGCUAAUUUGAAUAAUAGUGCUAAUGUGACCAACAAUAAUGUCUCUACUUUGGCAUCUUGUGCUACUACUAGUGCUGCGUCUGCCUAUAAUAAAUCCUUGCCUUUGUAUGGACAAAACGGAAUGGUAUCUAAUUCCAUGGCUCAAGUGCCGAGGUAUGGCGAUUCUGUAAACAAUGCCCCUCCGUCUAAACGGACCGCAUUCCGGCCAGGCACGCUCAAAAUUCCAGAGCGGCAGCCUGAUAACAAUGAAGAGAGUCCCAUUGAGCUGGAAACCAUCCUUAGAGUAAUGAAGCAAGUCGUGCCUGACCCCCCUCUUACUGCCAUCCAGACGCCCAGAACUGAGGAAAGUGGGUUUGCCUUUCCUACCGAGCCUAAAGAGGAGUUACCUUUUCUGAAAGAGGAAGAACAAUAUAAUCUUAUUGAACCAGUGCCACAAAUUUCUGAUGAUCCACAGCCAAAGGAGAUCAGCCCGCGCCAAACUGCACCGUCGCCGUGGUGUGUGCCGAAGAAGUUAGAGCCUAUAAUUAUAAAUCAGGAGCCUCCUAAGGUGGAGAACCCCAUAGUUGAGAAAGAAGCUGUUGCCCCUCCUCCUCCACCAGCUCCUAUUGCUGCCGUUGAUGAUUCUUCGAUAUAUAUCUCUUCUUCACUCCAGGAAGAUUUGGAGAUGAGUGACAGUGAUGAGGAACCGGUUCAAGAAGUGAAAAAUACUCCAGCUGGAUACUUAAAGUCACCUGUGACUACCACUGCCACUGUUAAUAAUAGUUCUACUGUUGCUCCUAAUAAUAGUACCAACAUGGAAGUGCCGCCUGCUGUGCCUGCAGAGUCCUCUAGUUCAGAAAGUGGAGAUAGUGAUUCAGAUGAUAGUAGUUCAGAGUCAAAUGAUUCAGAUUCGAGUGCUUCAAGCGAAUCGGAUGACUCUGAUACACCAUGUAACAAUGCCCCUCUUCAAAUGUGGGGCUUGUCCAAUUUCUUUGGUGAAACCCGGAGAAACCAAACCCCAGCCGUCUUUACACCAUGCAAUGCCAAAACUAACAGUGAUACUGCCAUAAAAGAACCACCCUUGCUUCCUCCCACUGAAGAGAAAGAAUCCUUUAGCUUAGUUGAUGACGAAUCUGUGGCUGGAAUUCUUCGUGGGUACAAUGAUGAUCUCAAGGAUUACUUAGCUGGUAGUAUGCCAAAUCCUAUAUCUGACCUUUUAGAGCUUGAUACUCCAGGGAAUAUAAAAAGUGAUAUAAUAAGUCCUAUACCUUCUCCAGUGCAUACUGCACCACCAGCACCUCCAGCACCUUCAGCACCGCCAGUUGUUCGAGGACCACGUACUCCUCCUACCCCAUCAUAUUCUACAAAAGAAGAUGCAUCUGAGGUAAAUGGGGUUGAAAUCCAAUCUGAAAAUAAUCAAGAAGAAAAAGCCUCUAUUGAUGUGAUGCAGCCAGUUUCCCAAACCUCUCAACAACAGGUGGAGGCUGUUCAAGGAAGAUCUGAUGUGAAAGAUGAUAAAGGAAAGGGACAAGGUGAUAAAUGUAGGAAACAACAACGUGUUGCUAAAAGCAAAGUUGAAGUGUGCAGUCCUAAAAUCCAGUCAUCUCCUUUAGUUCAUUUGGAUAGUACUGAACCGUGUGCCUCAAAAGAACUCCCUGAUUCCUCCUCUAACAAAGAAAAGGAAGGUGUACCAGGAAAUAAUCUGACACCUUCUAGUUCUAUACCUUCUAGUUCUAUACCUUCAGAAAUUUCUGAAUCAUCCCAUGAAAAUUUUACUAUGAAAACUCCACAAAAACCCUCUGCAUCAUCAUCAUCUUCUUCUGGAAGAAAAAGUAAAACUGUCAGUGCUGAAAAUAAUAGUGGAAAUGGUCUAAAAGCAGUUCCUUCUACAAAAUCAUCAGCUGCCCCAAAAUUUAAGCAUCCUACUAGAGCAUGUAGAAUAUCAAAUGAAAGUAAACAAAAUAAGCCAAAAGUUACUGUUACUGGCACUAAAAUAGAUCAGAAUGAAGAAACUAAACGUCGUUCAAAACUGGAACUGAAGGACAGCAUGUGUAAUUCUGAGAAAAGUAAAGAAAAAACAGCUGUCAUUAAAAAUGCAUCAAAAAAUUCUUCAAAAGUGAAAAGUAAAGUUCCAAAGCCACCUACAAAGCAGCCACCUGCAAAGCAGCCACCUGCAAAGCAGCCACCUGCAAAGCAGCCACCUGCAAAGCAGCCACCUAUAAAGCAGCCACCUAUAAAGCAGCCACCUACAAAGCAGCCACCACCUGAAGUCAAGAAAACUGAAGCCAAAAAGAAAAAGAAAAAAUUUGCCAUCGAAAAUUUCUUGCAGAGUCCUUCAUUUAGUCAGAAUGAAAGUGAAAGAGUUUCUAAUGUACCACCUGUCUUUUCUCCUAGUCCAGAAAGAUCACCUAUUCCCGAGUAUAAACAGACUGUAACCCAGCCAUUAAAGCGACCUGCACCGACUCCUUCUAGAGCUUCUAAAAGCCCUGGUAGGUCCAGUUCAAAAAAUGUUGAAAAAGUUAAAAAUGUGGAAAAGCUUCGUCGUUCGGUACGAUGUAGUGAAAGAGCAUCAACUAUUGCUCAGGCUGAGUCUUCCUCUGCUCCUCGUCAGAAAACCAAGCCUAACCGCAAAAUUUCUAAAAAUGCAAUGAAGGUAAAAGAUAAAAUUGCAAAUCUUCCAAUCCGUAUGGAGCCGCCUCCACAAAUUAUAUCUCCCAUUCCACAAGACUCUCCUAUUCCUAGUGUAUCAGAAUGUGCCAUUCCAAUGAAAAUUAUGGUCAGCAUUCCUUUAGAGAAACUUUCUAGGCUUCCAUCUGUUUUGAAAGCUCAAGAAGCAGAAAACAAGCAGGCUUCUAAAGCUCGAUCUUCUCUGCGUUCCGCAGUUGAUGAAGCAAAGAAGGAAAAUUUACCACAAGAAAAGGCAUCAAAAAGUAUUCAGAACAAAACUAUUCAGUCAAAAGAUUACAAAGAUAAACCCAGGACAGUUCCCCCUUUAAAAAAUAAUCGUAAUAACAGCAAGAAUAUUUCAGUAAAUAAAAAAGAAAAGAAUUCUAAACCUGUCAGUGAACCUUUAUCAGCAUCCAAGUCUAAUCCUGCUUCCAGUGUAACCAGUAAAAACAGUAUUAAAGUUACUUCUGACAAAACAAUUUGUGAUGAUUCUGAAAAUAAACUACCCAAGAAGAGGAAGAGUGAAAAUGAGGAGAAUAAGUUUUCAAGAAAAAAGCCCAAAAUAUCUUCCCGGGUCACUGAAGAGAGGAAGCUGAAGGAGCAGCCUUCUUCUCUGAAGAAUGAUUUAUCUAAUCAAAAUGAAGAAAGUGGAAAGUCCAAAACUUUGGAAAGAUGUGAUAGUGCAAGUAGUUUAAGUUCUUUAUGUAGUCAGCAAAGUCAGAGAAGUUCAAAGUCCACAAAGGAUAAAUUGAAAGAAUCUGGAAUUGCUGCAGAUGCAAAAAGGUUAAAAACUACUGCAUCUACAUUACUUUCCAUGAAAGAUAUAAAACAGGAGAGAGAAGACAGACUUAAAGGUUAUGUGAAGAAGGAACCUACUGUUGCAACAGAUAAAAGCAAAACAAAAUCUAGAGAGAAACUGGCAUCAAAAGACAAUGAAUGUAAAGAUAAAGUUUGUGGAGAGUUAUGGAAUGACACACUUAACUCCUCUAGUCAGUUCUGCCAUUGGGAGAUACCUUGCAAAGAUGAUUCUAAAGGACAGCUUCUCGGUGCCCAGAGCUUGGUGGAUAUUUUGAAUAGAGAUUCAGGUUUUGAUUGGGAUCAUUUUGGAGCUGAUAUGCAUAAAGAACUGAAAGAAGCAUCAACUCUAAAUAAGCAUAGCAACCAAGCUCCAAUUAUGCCGAUGGACUAUUAUUGGACAGAAGGCAGAAAACAAAAGCAGCUAGCUGAAAAAGAGAAAGAUCCUUUACUUCAAGCUUUGAAAUAUUUUGAAGCCACAGUUCUUUUCAUUCUAACUAGUCAGCAGAAGGAAGAAUGCACAAAAGAUCCAGAUGCUGUCUACCAGUUUUAUGAAGAAACGUUAAAAUUUUCAGCUAUCAUACGCUCAAGUGUGCAAAAGCUGCAGUCAUGUUCAGGAAGCACAGAAUUUAAACUGCUGAUCCUUUGUUUAAAAUGCCAGUCUUUGUUGCAUGUGAAACUCUACAAUUUGAAAAUCAAAGAAAUAAAAGAGCAGCAAAAAGGGGUCUCGGACUUUUUUCGUAUUCAAUGUCCCACUGCAUUUAACAACUCAUCUCGUAGUUCAGCUCAUCCCUCUCAUCAGCUAAGAAUUUCAAGUCUUGCAAACGUUCCUUCUCCUCAUUCUCCUACUCCUUCUCCUGCAAGCAGUGUUAAUUCUCAAACCAGUGGUUACAGUAGCAGUGAUGUAAGUGGUAACCAUAUGCGAAAUUCUCUUCAGUUGCUUUCUUCAACUGUUAAUGUGUCUCAAACAAUGUUAGACAUGAUAUGUCGUCAACAUACGUAUCUCAUCAACCUUCAUCUUGGACAUGAUUUAUGGGAGCAAGCAGAUAUGUACAUGACAAGAAGUAAUUUGAGAGAAUUUUUUAAAGAAGUAGCAGACCAAUCGGAGCCUCUAACUUUACACAGCAGCAUAUCGGAACUUGUGAGAUUUGUCCAAAAAGGAUUAUCGUUAUUGAAAAAAUGCCCUCGUUAGCAUUCCCGUUAAAUUUUUAAAUUACUGACUGAUGGGGUCAAAGCAACCAGGUAUCAGGUGACUAUUUGUUACUAAUAAAGUUUUCACUGAUUGCUGCAAUAUUGUUAAUUGAAUGAAUGUGCAACUCAAAUUUUGAUGUAGUUUUCUCUGUUCUUUUGCCAUAUGAAUAAUCCUACCACUGCACAAAUGCAGUAGAA